AUGGCAUACAAUUUCUCCGCGAGUGGAAUCAAUGAUAGUCAGGGAAGUUAUAGGCCUCUCGCGAGCCUUGAGUAUAAAGAACAGAAAUUAUCAACAGCAGAUAUUAUGAGAGUUGCCGGAGAAAGAUACAUCCAGUUCUCCAACAACCAUCUUGAUGCCAUCACCAUGUUUAUCCACCCUUACAGUUCUUCUUUAUCAGCUUUGUCAACAGAAGAAGCAAGUGGGGCAGAUCUUGCCUACCACCUGUUGACUGCGGCUGAGAACCUGACUUAUAAGCAGUAUGAUCGAGCAAGCAGAUCGCUUACUCAGUCCCAGUCUAUGGCAUCUGAUACUGGAAAUCCAGUGCAGAGAGUUUCUUAUUAUUUUGCUGCAGCUCUACGCGAAAGGAUAGAUAGAGAAACGGGGAGAUUUACCAACCAAGAAGGAGGUCCAACAGGUUUCACCUCAAACACUGACUUAGAUACAUUCUAUUCUUCUGAUCAAGAGCUUCCUCUGAGUAAGGUUACUCAGUUUGCAGCAGUGCAGACCGUAAUAGACAGCGUUGCAAAUGAUGUUAAGGUACACAUUAUUGAUCUGCAAAUCAGGAGUGGAGUCCAAUGGACAGCAUUGAUGCAAGCACUUGCAAAACGAAAUAGUUGUCCACUUGAACUUCUUAAAAUAACUGCUACUGCAACGACGGAUAGGGAGAACGUUGAGGAAACUGGAAAGAGAUUACAACGAUAUGCCAAGUUCUUGAACAUUCCAUUUUCAUUCAAGAUAGUAGUUAUUCCGGACAUGAAAGAUAUCAAAGAAGAAUUAUUUGAUAUAAAAACAGGUGAAACUGUGGUUGUUUACUCUCCAACAGUACUAACGACAAUGAUCUCUAGGCCUGAACGCGUGGAAGCUCUGAUGAGAGUCAUACGAAGAUUUAAACCAUCCAUUAUGGUGGUUAUAGAAGUAGAAGCAAAUCACAACUCACCUUCAUUUGUUAAUCGCUUCAUUGAGGCCCUUUUCUUCUAUAGUGCAUGGUUUGAUUGCUUGGAAGAUUGCAUGGAUCGGAACAAUGAAUAUAGGGUAAUACUUGAAAAGAAUUACUUCAGCAGAGGAAUCCAGAACAUUGUUGCAACUGAGGGAGAUGAAAGGGUCACAAGAAGUGUGAAGAUCAAUGUGUGGAGAGAGUUCUUUGCAAGGUUUAGGAUGGAAGAAACUGAAGUAAGCACAUUAUCAUUAUGUGAUGCAACCCUGGCCCUUCAAACACAGUUCCCUUGUGGGAAUUCUUGCACCCUUGAUAGUAACAAGAAGUGUCUGAUUGUCGGAUGGAAGAAAACUCCGAUUUAUUCUGUAUCAGCAUGGAGGUUCAACUGA